AUGAUGAUGAUGAUGAUUCUUAUGAUGAUGAUGAUGAUGAUGAUGAUGAUGUUGUUGAUGAUGAUGAUUCGGAUGAUGAUGAUGAUGAUGAUGAUGAUGAUGAUGAUUCGGAUGAUUAUGAUGAUGAUGUAUGAUGAUCAUGUUGAUGACGAUGAUCGUGAUGAUGAUGAUGAUGAUGAUGAUGAUGAUGUAGAAGAUGAUGAUGAUGAUGAUGAUGACGAUGAUUCGGAUGAUGAUGAUGAUGAUGAUGAUCAUGAUGAUGAUGAUGAUUCGGAUUAUGAUGCUGAUGAUGAUGAUUCGGAGCAUGAUGAUGUAAAAUGA